AUGUCUUUGCCUUUUCAACAGUGCAAAACAACUGUGGAGGAUCUCCAGCACAAGUUGACAAAGCUAAGGAUUGUGACUGAGGGUCUGGAGCAUGUGCAUCAGGGCACCACCAUUGGCAGUUUGGCAGGAGGUGUGAUUGGAGAUGGGGGGAUUACAUCUGUAGUAGUUCUUGUACUGGCCCCAUUCACUUUUGGAACCUCUCUUAUUGUAACUGGAGUUGGUGUGGGUGUGAGUACACUUGGUGGUGUCACUGCUGGUGCCUCGAAUAUCACAAAAAUGGUGAACCAGUCCUCUGAUCGCAAAGCUGUUCGAAGCAGCAUUAAAGAGUUUAAAGAGAAAAUUAAUGCAGUAGUCACCUGGCUCCAGGAGAUCUGCAACAGCUUACAGGCAAUCAGAGACAGAUUUCAGACAGCUGAUGUACCUGACAAUAUGGAUAUCAGUUUCAGUGAAGAGCAACUGGCACGGCUUGGCUUCAGGGUAGGGAGGGGCCUAGGUGUGAUUCCUGAACUGAUUCGACUAGUUCAAGUAGUUAACAUUGGCAAGAUCGCAGCACAGGCAAGCAGAGUGGUACGUGUGUCAGAGGCAGUCACAGGUGUGCUUUCAGGUUUAUUUGUAGCAGUAGACCUCUUCUUCAUUGCCAUGGAUGCUAAAGAGAUACACCACAUUAGACAGGCAAAGGCAGCAGAGGAGAGAACUACUUCUCAGCCAGGGUCUGAGACUGAAACUGAAGAUUCUGUGUCCACCUUUGACAAGGCUGUACUAGUGGUCAAAGAGUCUGGCAGUGAUGAAGCAGAUGCAUCAGAGGAACAGAACCAGCCUUCCUCAGAAACCACUCAAACCAAAUCUGAGCUCAUGAAAUUUGUCAAGUCAGUCAGGGAGGCAGCAGACAACUUGCAGGGAGUCCUGGAUGAGCUCGGAAGCAUCAUCUCAUCUAUCACUUCAUUUGGGGAUGAGAGUCAGUUAGAAUAA